ACUUGACAGCUAUUAUUGGUUAGUAUGGUCUAGAACUCGCAGUAGAGCAAGUCGUAAUUGAUCGAGUCAAAAUAACUGCGGUGUACAAGUUUAAUUAAUUUCAGAAAUAAUGUUUAAACUAUUUGUCAUUUGUGUACUAUGCCUUCACAUAUACUAUGUGCAAGCACGUUCGAUAUCAGUCUCUCAGAUGGGGGAUGUUUAUAUUGCUAUAUCGGAUGACAAAUGGGUAUGUGAUAGAAUUGAAUGUCCCAUGGAUGCUUUUCGUUGUUUCGUUUCGAAAUCAAAUGUAGAGAAUCCCUCUGUUUUAAAACGUGUCAAUACUUGCUAUACCAAGGACAAUCAGGUGCUGGUUCAAAAAGAAUUUGAAUCAUCCGCUGAUCCUAAAUCCCGUAUUCAAGGACAAGUUACUACUACGCGUAAUGGCAGUGUAAUAACUGCUUCUAAUGGCUUAGAAAAUUACGAUGAUAAAAAAUUUAAGGCUCAAAAGAAGGAAGAAAAGGAUAAAAUGAAAGCCGACAUGAAAGCCCAAAAGGAAGAGUUAAAGGCAAAUCUAAAGAAAAUGAAAGAAAACAUUAAACACAUGUCUUAUUAUUGAAAAUCUCUUUAAAUUUUGUUGUAAUCCUAUAAAAAUAAAGAGUACUUUUAAAUCAGUAUUAUUUCAAUUAUAAA